GGUUAAGAAGCGCCCAGGAGCUGGGUCCGGGUCUCCAGGCCCCUAGGUGACAGCGGCGCUUCGGAGCUCGCGGGCGUCCCUUGGUACUAGGCCUUGACCUCCGAGAGGGGCGUGCACUGGCCUUUCCCUUGCAUAACUCGCUCCUCUGGGCCCCAUGGAGAAGUCCCCGGGGAACUCUACCCUGGAGGAGAGUCUGGGGCAAUACCAGCGGAGUCUCCGGGAACGUGCCAACAGAAGCAUUCACCAACUGAAAUGUGCCUUGAGAGAAGGUGAGGUCACUGUUGAGGAAGGAACCCUGGAUCCCUCCUUUAACAUCACUGUAGACAAUGAGGACGCUGGGACGGCUUGGCAUGAGCUGCAGCAUAGCCACGCUGUUAAUCAGCUCAAAGCCUUGUUGCGCCAACAAGCAAGUAAGGAAAAUGAGAUAUCUCCAACGAGAAGACGAAAAAUGUCACCUUUGAGGUCAUCAGAAGGUGAGGAGGCCAGCAUACCCACGCUGAACAACCUGGUUCCCAUCAUUAAUGACCAGUCUCAAUACAUUCAUCAUUUGGAAGCAGAAGUCAAGUUCUGCAAGGAAGAACUCUUUGGAAUGAAAAAUAGGGUACAAGUGGUGGUACUUGAAAAUGAAAGCCUCCAGCAAGAGCUGAAAUCUCAAAGGCAAGAGGAGACAAUGCGGAAACAACCCCCCCAGGAUGCAUCUGGAAAUAUGCAGAAUUUGUGGGUUAAGACAGGUGAAGAUUCUAGGUUGGAUAAAGCUGCCAAGAGAUCAUUCCCUCUGGCUGAUGUAGACAUGGGCACAGCUGUGUGUGCUGGCGAGGCUGAAAAAUGGAAGGUGGAACUGGAGAAGUUAAAAGUUAUAUAUGAGGCCAAGAGUGAAAUCCUGGAAUCUCAGUUGACAUUUUUGAGAAAGGACUUGGCUGAAAGUCAGAAGAAUUGUGAAGACCUCAAGGGGCAGCUGAAACACAAAGAGUCUCUUCUUGCUGCUAAUAUUCCCAGCCGCGUUGGUGGGCUUUGCUUGAAGUGUGCUCAGCAUGAAGCUGUUCUUUCCCAAACCCACAGCAACGUCCACAUCCAGACCAUUGAAAGGCUGACCAAAGAAAGAGAUGACUUAAUGUCUGUGCUGGUUUCCGUGAGGAGCAGCUUGGCAGAUGUGCAGAAAAGAGAAACACGUGCCUAUGAACAGGUGAAACAAGCUGUGCUAAUGACUGAAGAAGCCAACUUUGAAAAGACCAAGGCUCUGAUCCAGUGCGAGCAGCUGAAGAGUGAGCUAGAAAGGCAGACAGAGCGACUAGAAAGAGAACUUGCAUCUCAGCAGGAAAAAAGGGCUUCGGAGAAGGAGGCGAUGAAGAAAGAACUAAGGCGAGAAAGGGAGGAGGCGGAGUCGAAGAUGUUGCUCCUGUCUCAGAAUAUUGCCCAAUUGGAGGCUGAGGUGGAAAAAGUUACAAGGGAAAAGAUUUCAGCUGUUAGUCAACUAGAGGACAUUCAAAACCAGCUUUCUUCAAAAGAAAUGGAUGUCACAAAGGUGUGUGGAGAAAUACGCUUCCAGUUGAAUAAAACCCAAAUGGAGAAGGAUGAAGCAGAAAGGGAACACAGAGAAUACAAAGCAAAAACUCAAAGGGAUUUUGAAAUUAAAAAUCAGGAAAUGGAGAAAUUGCGACUGGAACUGAGCGAAAGCAGGCAGCACGUGGAGGAGGAGCAGCAGAAGGCAGCCCGGGCCAGAGAAGAGUGCCUGAAAGUCACAGAGCUGCUGGGGGAAGCCAAGCACCAACUGCACCGCACCAGACUGGAAAAAGAUAGCAUUCAGCAGAGCUUUAGCAACGAAGCAAAGGCCCAAGCCCUUCAGGCUCAGCAGCGAGAACAGGAGCUGACACAGAAGAUACAGCAAAUGGAGGCCCAGCACGACAAAACUGAAAAUGAACAGUAUUCGUUGCUGACCUCCCAGAAUACAUUUUUGACAAAGUUAAAGGAAGAGUGCUGUACGUUAGCCAAGAAAUUGGAAGAAAUCUCUGAAAAAAGCAGAUCCGAAAUAGCUCAGCUCAAUCAAGAACAAAGGUAUACAUAUGAGAAACUGGAAAGGUUGCAGAGGAGGAACAGUGAACUGGAGGAGCAGUGCGUGCAGCACGGCAGAGUGCACGAGAAAAUGAAGGAGAGGCUCCGGCAGCUGGACCGGCACAGCCAGGCCACCGCGCUGCAGCUGCUGCGGCUGCUCAACCGGCAGAGCCAGCGCCUCCUGCGGAGCCCGGGCCCGGCCCCGCGCGCCCGCCCCGGCCCCGCACAGGUGACCGCCCGCCCCGCACUCCCGCCGCCCCGCCCUGCGCCCGCCCCGGCCGCGCACAGGUGA